CGAAGCCCCCUCCGCCGUCCUCUGCGUCAAAACGUCGAAAAGCUAGCUAGCGCAAUGCCCGCCGCCACCAGCGUCUCCCUCGCCGUCGCCGACGCCGUCUGGGCGGAGAUCAGAUCCGCUGGCCGGGCAUCCGACGAGCACCUAUCCAUCCUCGAGACGCUGUUCGGAAAGAACAUGCUGCGGGCCUGCAAGAUCGUCGACGAGCGCGGCGUCAGGCGCGUCACCGGCGCGCCCAGUGGCCGCUCGGUCUUUCUGGUGAUGGGGGAGUCGAAGAGGAAGGAGGAGUACCUUUGCUUCCCGGAGCACCUCUGCACGUGCUACUCAUUCUUCUACGACGUCGUCGGGCGUGGCGAGCAGCUGAGCUGUAAGCACCAGUUAGCUGCACGGCUUGCAGAGGCUGUGGGAGAGCACCAGGAGGUUGAAGUGAAAGAUGAGGAGCUCGCAAAUAUGCUUGUAAUUCUAUGAAGCUUUGAUUACUUCAGUAAUGCACAUAACAUUUAUGAAUUGUAUCUUCUCCUUACCCGGCCACUCUGAUAGUCUGAUGCACGUGACUGGAGUCACGCACACAGACUACAAUAGGGAAAUGAUGUGCCGGAACCCAUGGUAGAAUCAGCUCAAUAUCAUAAUCCUUUUUGUAUGCAUGGUCCUUAAAACUAUUGAUGAAUUGAGAUGACUGGUUUGUUCAUUCACUAUUGAGACAGUGUCAUAUACUUCUGUGUAUUAUAUCCUCUUCUGAAAGUAUAAUGUUAUUUCUCUA